AUGGCGGAGACCCUUCUGACUCUUCUGAGCCAGCUUGAUGCCACCCACAUUCUUCAAAGCCAGGAGCAGCUAACUAAGCUAGCUGAGGAAAAUCCUCUCCUUUUUAUAACAAGUAUCAUUGAAAUCUUGAAACAAGAUUCAGUAUCAGCCAAAAUCAAAGGAAAUGCAUGCGUAAUUGCAGGCAAUUACUUCCCAAAUAUCUCAAAACUUCCAGAACAAGAAGAAUUACAUCCAUUUAAUGUAUUUACAGAAAACAACGUAAAUGAAUUAAUAGAUUUAUGCUUUGAACUCAUGACCACAAUGGAUCCAGUAUACAGACAUCAUCCUGCUGUUUUACUUGGCAAAAUAGGCAGUUUAUACGUACAUCGCAAUUUCGAAAAUUCAUUACUCAACAGACUCUCAUCUUUACUUCAGCAAGGUGAAAAUCCACAAGAUUUAGAUCCAGUGUGCAAAGCAAUCAACAUAAUUCUCGUUGGAUACGAUCCUUCAGACGAAGAAAUUCAAAAUCUCAUCACAGGAGUGUUUGGACACUUCACAUCAACAGACAACCUCGAGGCCUCAGUUGUAGUUCUCGAUACACUCAUCGCAACAGUCGAAUCAAUCGUUGAAUUACUUGCAGAUCCAGAAUUUUCAACAGGAGUCGUUUCUGUAUUCCUUGCUCUGCUUGAGAACGAUGUUUCGAUCAGACCAUCACUCGAAUGUUGGAACAGACUGGCAGAUAUCACUCCUUCUAUCGUUGCAGAAGUUUCAGAACAUUUAGUACUGACAUGCUGCAAAGUAUUACAAGAAAUCAAGGAAGAAAAUACUCUCAUGCAAGCCUGCAUGCUUAUUAACACAAUAGCAGACCUAGAAUACAAUGAUCGCGAGAUGCAAUUAGAAACUAUUGCAAAUAACGCGGAAGUAAUCUUAGCUUCACUCGUAGGAAUUCUUUCUACAAUCGAUACUAACGAAUGCAUCACUCCAGAUAUGUGGACUCCUGCAAUUGCUGCAUUCAAAGCUGUAAAAGUCGUAAUUAGCCUUAACUGCGAUAACAUGAUAGGUACUUUAGAGACUCUUAUUAACACUGGUAUAGUCAGCGAUUCCUUCGCUGAAAAGGAUGUCGCUCUGAAACUCUUGGCCUCAACUAUUUGUAAUACAACAUAUGUCACUUUUUCAUCGAAAUACCUUGAAGCAUUAAAUGAAUUAGUUACUGAUGAAUCCCCAUGUGUUAGACAACGCGCAUUGCAUUGCAUAAGAAAAGGUAUAGAAACUAUGGCAAAUUCCGAAAAAUUCAAGAAUGAAAACACAUUCAAGGAAUCUGUCAUCAAACUGGCCAACGACAGUAUCGGGUUCCUCGAGCUUAUUACAGAUGAGAACGUCCUUGUCGCUUCUGAAGUCUGCCAGCUGAUGAAAGUUUUAACUCAAGUGGAAGGCUUCACGAGUACAGAGCAAAUACUAGAGGCAAUACUCGAGCAUGCAACGUCCAUAUCAGAAGGACUCUACAAGAACCCAUUCGACUCGUUUAACGACAUUAUUCAAUACGGAUCUGCUGAUGCAGGAGUCUCUGUCCUCCCAACCGUCAUAGAAUUAUACGCAAAUACCCUCGAGUCCGGCGAAAACUUCUGGAUUUGCCACCAACUCGCAGAAACAAUACAAGUAUUUUGCUACAGAGAUGACUACAGGAGCCAGAUACUUCAGAGUGCGGAAACACUUCUCCCUCUAUUCGUUAAGGCCCUUCAAACAGGCGACCAAUACUUAAAUGACGCAUUACUCCCAAUUGCAGCGGUCGCAAGAGCAAUCGGAAACCACUUUUCGCCUUAUUUAGAGGAGACAGUUUCCAUCUACGAUGAGGUUCUCGGUUCAGAUCCCGACCAAUGCGAUCCAGAUGCACUUUAUAACGCAACGUACGCUCUUGACAUGCUUAUCAACGCGGGAUUCGAUGUUGGCGAUAAGGGAAGGUUCAUUAACGUGAUUGUGGCUUAUCUUUCGAAUUUAUCUACGAUGCCAAAUAAUCGACGUGCCUUUUUGAACCUUCUUUCCACGCUUUCUCAGGUCUCCUUCGAUAGUGUUUCAUCUUCUAUCGAAGCAUUGAUACCUUAUCUCCGCGUUUUCGCGAAAACGUUGAACGUUGAGGCGAACAACGACCAGGGCGAGGCCGAAAUCAUUGCAAACACACUCUCCAAGACAAUGUCUAACGUCUACCAGAAGAUUGACCCAGAAGCAGCGCUUGGAGUCUUUGAUAUCGGUGCUGAUAUUUUAACAUACUUCUCAAACUUCCCUCCGUUGUUCAAACAGUCUAGAACAGAACUUCUGAGACUGGCUUUGACCAUGUCAACCCUUUCUCCUGAAGCUGUUAUGGAAAUUAUUAACCAGGACGAAGAACAAGGUAUAGUUAAUUUGUUUAUGGAUGCUAUCUCUAAUGAUGAGUCUAAGGGUGAUGCUGAAAAGCUAUUCAAGACUCUCAAUCUUUCCCAAUAA